GUUGCUGUUGUUGCUUGCCUUGUCAUGCAGCAGCAUCAAACAAACAGUCAGAACAAUUUGACAUUUCUAAAAUCAAAUUACAAAUACAAGCGCAGAAACAUGCUGGCAAUGCGCGCACUUCCGUUCGCAGCGCGUAAGCCAAACCAAUUAGCGGCAACAUUGUCAAAGACGUCAGCAACAGCAGCAGCAACAGCAGCAACAGCAACAGCAACACCAGCAGCAGCAGCAGCAGCAACAGGGGCAGCAACAACUGUCCGCAAAUGUAGCACAAUUCUAAGUUUAUUUAUAGUAAUCAUAUGGAAAGCUUUGCAGGCAAUGGCCAAUUGCCUGCUCUAUGCUGCCCGCAUAAUUGCCAAUGACAAUGAUGAUGAUGAUGUUGUUGCUGCUGAUGAUGAUGAUGAUGAUGAGGGGAAUGCGUAUGUGAGUGCUGGCCAUGACCAUGACGUCAAUACACAAAUACAAACACAUUUACGCAAUACGCAAGCCGGCAACAAGCACGACAACAUUGACGCUAAUGACGAGGUGUCAACGGCACGUGAACGACAACAACGGCAACAACAGCAGCAACAACAACAACAACAGCAGCCACAUUUAUCUAGUUCUAGUCCACAAAAGAGCAGCCGCUGCACGACAACAGCAGCAGCUACAACAACAGCAUAUACAACAACAACAUCUACAACAACAACAACAAUGCGAGCCAUGUUGCCGGCAGCAGCCGUGUCUGGACUGCCAUUGAUGACUUUGUUAAUUGCAUUGCUGCUGAGCAUGCGCCUCGCAUCGGCUGGCACUUGCUGGCAGACACAUCUGGACAGUGGGAAAUGCAAUCAAAUAUUUUCAACAAACAUCACAAAAUCGGAUUGCUGUGGCGCCAGUCAGACCUUCUCCUACACGGAUCGCGAGCUGAGCAGCGUUGAGCAUUUCUUUGCAACAGCUAUCGGAAAUGGAGUUGAGUGUGCGCCGUGCCUAGAGACCUGCAAGGGAUUUAAAUGUGGGCCAAACAAGAAGUGCGUGAAGCGCAAGGGCAGGCCCAAAUGUGUCUGUGCGCCCGAUUGUGGAGCAACGUUACGCCGAAAGCAGCAGCAGCAACAGCAGCAACAGCAGCAACAUCGCAAUGCACCAGAGCAACAACAACAGUGGGCGUCGUCGUUGUUGUUGUUGUCGCCGCGCGGUUCACGUAGUCUAAGUAGCGAAAUUACAAACAGCAAUUUAGGUUUAGAUGGCGCUAAACGCCAGCAUAAACAUAGCGACAAUAACAACAGCAACCGCGCUGAUAACCAAAGAAAACAACAGCAGCAACAGCAACAAAGCCAAGAGAAGAGCAUGCCAAAGCGAGCAAGUCAUAGAACAGGAAUGAGGCAGGGCGAGACGAGGCACAGAAGACUUUUGAUUAUAGACAGCAGCAAUUUGCAAGAGCAGCCCACAACCAGACGACUGCACAUGGAGGACAGCAGCAGCAGCAGCAGCAGCGGCAGCAGCGGCAAAGUGCAAAUGCAGAUGAAGGUAGAAAUGGAGAGAAUGACGCCGCCGUGGGGCAGCGAGCGGCGCAGACAUAGAAAAAAUAACAGCAGCAGCAGCAACAACAAUGGCAAACACUUAACAAGAUCAAUGACGACGGCAACAGCAACAGCAACAGGAGCCAAUGACUCGUCCACGACGCCUGCGCAGACGACGGCUCAGUCUAGACACAAGUUGGCAAAUGCUAAUGAACCCGCCAACGACAUUAAUAGACAGUCGCGGCAAGACAAUGCGCCAGCACGAGGCAGACACCAACAUCAACAGCAGCAGCAGCAGCAGCAACAUGCUCCAAAUCACGAGCAACAACAAUACGACAAUGGAACGCAGCAGCGCAGGCGUAAGCACAAGCACAACCACAAGGAUCAGCGGCGCACAAAUACCACAAUGUCUGGCUCUGGCUCUGGUUUGGGCUCUGGCUCGGGCGGACGUCGUCGUUUGUAUCUGGCUGAACACGGAAGUGAAACGGCUGCGUCAUCGGGCAACAGUCACGGCCACUUGGCUAAUGUCGAUGAUUUAGCAUUUCUGGCUGGAAUUUAUGAAGCAGCGCCAGUGUUGCAGCAGCAACACACGAAUCCGGUUUGCGGCAACGAUGGACGCACCUACAACACCGAAUGCCAGCUGCGCAAACGCGCCUGCCGCACAAACAACGCCCAACUAGAGGUCGCCUAUCGCGGCCACUGCAAGACGAGCUGCAAUGGUGUUCAAUGUCUGAACGGUCUGACCUGUGUGGAGGAUCAGUAUAUGAUGCCGCAUUGUAUAACAUGCAAAAUCGAAUGUCCCUGGGAUGAUAUGGCAUACGAUCUGAAUGACGAUGGGCAGCCGGAUGAGGCGGCAACAAUUGCUGAGGAGCGUGCGGUUUGCGGCAUCGAUGGCAACACAUACAGGAGCACUUGUGAUAUAAAUCGUAUGAUUUGCAAAAUUGGACGAUCAAUUGCAGUGGCAUAUCCGGGACCGUGUCGUGCGGACCGCCUCACCUGUGCGGACAUCAAGUGCGGCCCAAAGGAUACUUGCCUCGUGGACCUGCAGACGCACAUGCCGCGGUGCGUCUCUUGCCGCUACAAGUGCGCACGCAAGCAACAGCGAACGCAAUACCGGGCGGAUAAAAUCUGUGGCUACAACAAUCACACAUAUAAUUCAUGGUGCGAGAUGCGCAAGGAUUCGUGUGCCACAGGCUAUUUCAUAGGCGUCCGAGCUACGGGCGUAUGUUAGAUCAAAUUAGCGAAAUAUUAUCAACAAGAAAUCACAUUAGCAUAUAUACUAACA